GUACACAAGUAGAAUAUGUGACGGUAUGUCCUAUGACAAAAUGCAACUUUCAUGGAAAAUCUCCGCAAGAUAUGCGUGUAUCCUUUAGGAAGGCGGUAAAACUUGCCGCCUUCUCAGUUAUUUUCCUUAUAUUAAAUGCGUUAGUUGGUUUUGAACUUUUUUCGGAUGAUCAUGCACUCGAAAAAGUUUUGGGACGUCCCAGACACGACAAUGGCGAUCGGCAGGAUAGGGGCCUAGCAAAUGCUAGCUCAGCUCACUCGUUGUCUCAUGACAGCAGCAAAGAAUUGCCACGUGGGCCUGCGAAUGUUCAUCGAAAAUUGGCUCCAGAUGAUGACAUGAGAAAUAAUUUGACGAGAUCUCUUACGGCGGGAACCGGCGAAAAAAUGUCAACAAAGUUGGCUCAGGGCCAGUUUUCCCACGCUCGGCGGACUGAACUUUCUGAUGUUUUCAUCAGUGUGAAAACAACGGGCAUGUUCCACGCGUCUCGCCUGCAGCUGGUCGUGCAAACCUGGUUCCAGCUUGCAAGAGAUCAGACAUAUUUUUUUACGGAUUCUGAGGACAAGGAAAUGAAUGAAUUAACAGGAGGUCACCUUGUAAACACCAACUGCUCAUCCAGUCACAAUCGUCAGUCUCUUUGCUGUAAGAUGUCUGUUGAAUAUGAUGCAUACCUUGCAUCCAAAAAGAGGUGGAUGUGUCAUUUUGAUGAUGACAUUUAUGUCAACAUUCCUGUUCUAAUGGAGCUAUUACAAAAGUACAAACACACAGAUGACUGGUAUUUGGGGAAACCAAGCCUUCGCCAUCCCAUAGAAGUUAAUGAUUUUGAAAACCCAGGUGCAAAGAUUACAUUUUGGUUUGCCACUGGCAGUGCCUUUUGCAUCAGCCGUGCAUUGGCUUUGAAGAUGAUGCCUCAUGCUGGUGGAGGGCGUCUUAUGACACUGGGGGAAAAGCUUCGGCUGCCUGAUGACUGUGUUAUGGGCUAUAUCAUUGACCAUGUGUUGAGAAAGCAGCUUACUGUGAUAGAAGGGUUUCGGUCUCACUUAGAAGCUCUUUGGCUCAUUAAACCUUACCAGCUGAAUAAGCAGAUUACUUUCAGCUACUCAGAGUAUGGAGACAAAGUAAAUGUUGUCAAUGUCUUGGGUUUCUCUGUGGAAGAAGACCCCUCAAGAAUGAAGUCCAUCCACUGUCACCUUUUCCCAAUAUUUAGGGAAUGCCAGAAGAUACAGCCCUAGAGGAUACCUUCAUUGGUUCAGUUGAUUGACGUGCACAUCAUUUUUGCUUUAUACCAUGGAUAUAAUGAUAUAGUCCAUUUUGAUUUUUCCCAGCAGCACUCAAAGCAUACAUGCAUGCACACCAGCACAGAACUUUUUAGAGUGGGCAUCAAAGACACCUUAAGAAUACAAAACACACAAUAUAUGCACACACACACAAAAGGUAGAGGAAGCUGAAGUACAAGGAGAAACACACUGAUGUCCAACCCAGUAAACAAGUGUUACUUCCAGAAAAAGAUGUCAACAGAGAUACAAACCCACAACAUCUGAUUUUCAGUUGUAGUGACAAGUGCUUUAGCCACUGCACUACAAACUGCCCCAAAUAUAUAUACUUUUCAUAUUUGUUUUCAUAUACAUACACCGUUUACUCGUUGGAUGGAAACAAGAUAUUUUUUAUACAAAUUCUAAACAGUUUACAGUCAUUCCGAUUGUGUCCAUGAAUUUGAAUGUUUAAGCUUCCCCCCUACCAAUCCCUUUGAUUUUGUCAGGUUGAUACUUUCUAGAAAUGUCAUCAAGUUGUUCUUAGAUUUGCUUUACUGAAAGUACAAAUAACAUGCACAUUAUUGUUUUCUUAUCACAAAGGGAUUGCCCAAUACCAUUUAUGCUUUAACAUUUUAAUUUUUUUGUAGGGAGAAGUGAUUUUGGAAUUUGUGCUUGCAUUAAAUAUAUUUUCUGCAAUACAAAACAAAUUUAUGUGAAAAAGUAUCAAGGCAGGAAAAAGUUCUUAUUCCAAAUUUGAUGUGUGUACACCAUAUUAAAAAUAUGAACAAAUACAUGCUUUUCUAAAUGUUUCAAGUAGCUAAUUUCUUUGUCUCAAUUUUAUAACAAAAUAUUAAAUUGCCAGGGAACAGCAUGGCAGGUUUUACUGCUUUAAAAUGGCCUUGAUGUUGGAACAGGGUAUGUCCUUCAGUGUUUUUGCUUAAACAUAAGUGAGUGAAGCCACUAAGGUGAUAAAGUUGUUAGAGAGAAUAAUUUUUUUCUCUUUUUCCACUCUCUUCUCCCACCGUUGGUUUAUGGGACCAGUAUUUUUCCAUAUAUAUAUAUACAGGAACUGCUUAGACAAUGUAUAUAUUUGUGUAUAAAAUAGCAUACUCCUGUCAUAAUUUUUUUUAAAGCAUUGAGUUUGUAUGAUUUUUUAAAAAUUUUGAUGCGACAUCCUAUACAGCUUUUUUGUAUCCCAUUAAUCAGUACACACAGAACUUCCAGACUAAUAGAGGCAUUUGUCCUUGAAGCUUUUUAAUAACAUUUAGCAUGCCGCUGAGUUUAAACUCAAGAAAGUCACAUGCCUUUCAAAUGCUCAGAACCGACCAGUUACAUUGAAAGUGGCUGUACAUUUUCACUUAAGGGGAAACAUUUAUGCUAAAUGUACAAAAUGUCUUUAAUCGUAUGUGUGAUGUUUCUUAUGCAAAUAAUUUUUCUUCUUUUUAUAAGAUUGUUUUGUUUUCUGAAGAUAAUUUUAUCAGUGGGGCCAUUUACUAGUCACAGAUUCAUGGCAUGUCUGGUAGCUUUUAGAACUACAUAUUUUAAAAACUAAAUAAAUGUAUAUCUACAAAAGCGUUAAAAUAUAUAUUUUUAUCAUUUAGAGAUCAGUUAUUACUUUAAAAAAUAUGUCCUAUUUUUGAGUCACAAGAAAUGUUAUUUAUGUUGUUGGCUAUCUUUAAGAUUGCACCCAAGCCAGGAAAAGAACUAGCUUUCCAAGAAAUUGGUUCCUGGACCUGAUUUAUGUAUGGUGUUAUUUAGGCUCUUUGAAACCACCUUUUUCAAUUGCUCUGUCUUAUGUCUCAAGAGUGGAAUAACAAGUGUUUGUCAAAUUAUUUUGUGAAGAAAUGUUACAUGGGCAUCCUCAGGUUCUACAGUCUGCAUAAUUGUAUUUUCUGUCUCAUUGUAAAUAUAAUUUUCUUGUAGACUAGCAAGACUUUUCUGCAUUUGUGAAUUUAGGGAUCAAAGAUAUUGGUUGUGACAUUGGAAUAUAAAGAAAAAUAACUGUUCAUUAUUCUUACUGUUACUGGUGUUGUGAACUAUCUAAACAUCCUAUAUCCAGUUUCUGUUUUAACGAGUUAAAUCAAUUUUUUUCAAACACAGUUCAUUUUCUUUUGUUUGUUUAUUCUAAGUAGACCAUAAAAAUUGCUAAAUAGUAUUGACUUAAAAGAAUGAUAAUCUACAUAUCAAUGAUAUAAUACAAAUUAUGCAUUUUGUGCUGCAACAUCAUAAUCCAUGAUGGAGAGUGGUUUAAGAUCCUGUUCUAACUAAAGAAUGAUUCAUGUUAGUCUUUGGUUAUUUUGUUUUUAUCUGAACUCCAUUUUCUCCGUUUCUGUUUUUUUUCAUGUGCUAUUUUUUCUUAUACAAGACUUACGUGUAAAAUAUUUGUGGGACUGGGAAGAAAGUGAAAAUAGACAGUCCCUUUGCAAUGAUAAGCGUCGUUCAAUGUGCAGGGAUAGUUUGAAUGGCAUAUAUAGAUGGUAUAGCGCAUUAAAAUGUGAAGCUUUCCAAUACCUCACCAAAUCCAAUGGUUGUUUUAGCGUUAUGAUGGUUUACAGUUCUGGUUGUGUCAUCAGUUGACAACAUACAGCUUGCUUUGUUUAUAAAGUAGAUUUGCUGAGUAUUUUCUCACUGCCUCCAAAAGUAUAUUUGCAUGUAUCACUUUUUAGAAUUUGAUUUUUAUGAAAUUUAUUGCAGUUAUACAGAUGUAAUAUUUGUGAUAAAAUUUUGGACUUUGAUGUUAUUUGCAAAUUUUUGUUCUCUAAUGAACAUGUUAACGCUGUUCAAAUAGCAUACUUAACUGCAUUUAGAAACCCUGGUCCAGAUGCUGCUGCAUUUUAACACUUAUGCUUCUGUUACGAUAUUAAAUGAUUUUACAUUUCAACAA